AUGACGACACUACCCUGGUGGGGGCAUGGAAUUUACGAAAGGGUGCAACUGAAAUUUUAUUGGACGACUGAGAACGAUCUGGGAGAAAAGAGGAGGACAGCGACGGAUGGGCGUGAAGAGCCGUCAGAUUCCGGCCCCACGACCCCUCUGCCUGACAAAAAGUUAUUGGUCUUCAUCCUUGAUAGGCUGCAGAAGAAGGACACAUACGGCGUUUUCUCGGAGCCGGUUGAUGAUGAAGAGCUGCCCGACUACAGAGAUAUCGUCAAGCACCCCAUGGAUUUUUUGACAGUUAGGAAGAAGCUUGAUAAGGGGGCAUAUGCCAACCUGGAGCAAUUUGAGAUUUCCUAUUUACAGGACGAUGUGUUUCUGAUAACCUCGAACGCCAUGUCCUACAAUUCACCAGACACAGUAUACUAUCGACAGGCACGAUCUAUUCAAGAGGUUGCUAAGAAGGACUUUGAGAAUCUUCGGCAAGAUAGUGAUGCCAGUGAACCAGAACCAGAACCAUUACCAGAACCGGAACCAAAACCACAGCGUCGAAGGGGCAGGCCUCCAAAGAACGCUGUCAAGCAGCAAGUUGAGCAGCCACCAGCAGAACGUGCUACCGCAAACUUUUCUGCGGCGGCACUUGCUAUGGCUGGAAAUAGUGGACUUUAUGCGCACUCAGGGUUUGAUAUACAGCGGAGAAUUGCAGAUGUACUGAAAGCUUCUUUUGCCAAUAGAAGCAAUGAACACAAUUGGUCCAGGUCUGGGAGUAAAUGGUCAGGAAAAAUGGGGAAGAAGCCACUUCUGGUAGAAGAGAGUCGCCGAACUACAUAUUAUCAGAAUCAACCAUCCAGUUCAAUGUAUGAGCUGCCAGUGGCAACCUCAUACAAUGGGACAAGGAAGAUUGGUGCUCAGUUGCCACAGGCCUAUUCCCGCAGUCUGGCACGUUUUGCUGCACAGCUUGGUCCUGUUGCUUGGGAAGUUGCAUCGAAGCGAAUUGAACAGGUCAUUCCCCCUGGAAUAACAUUUGGUCGUGGGUGGGUAGGAGAUGGCGAAUCACCAAACUCAUUUCAGCCACCUGUACCGACUUCAUCUCCGAUACCAACACCACCACCAAGCAGCACAGCGGCAUCGAGUGAGCAGAAAACUGUAGAUGAUCCUGCAAGCGCAGGCCAUUCAACAGGGCCUCAUGCAGAUGCUGUGUCACAUGCGUUUGCCAAUAACGCUCAGAGGAUAGAUUCUCAGGCAGUACCAAACCCGCAAUGCGGAUCGUUGCCACAGGUUCUAGUAGACCGAGGUGAACAUUCUGUUGAGCUGAAGAGCAGCCAUAAUGUUGAAGAACGGCCCACCAUGCACCAAACUGUGAAUGGUUUUAAUGCUGUGCCAGGGUCAAUCAUGUUCGCACCUACCGCGCAGCUGGUCGCGAACCGGAUGCAGACGCAUAUGGCCGAUUGA